AGCGUUUAAAGAAUCCUACAGAAUUGCUCAGAGACCUUCCUCAUAUUGAAAAUAUUGAUAAAAAAGCUUUACUUGACAGAUUGAAAAAAGAAGUUAAAGCUAGACAAUCUGUUGAAAUGAAUGAAAUGCAUAAAGAAGUUCGUGGUGGUGUUGCCGCUCAUGUACAGUCUGCUGUUGAUAAAUUGGAUCAAUUAAUUGAAGAAUGA